CACCGAAAAGCAUUCGAUCGGGUAGGAACGCCCGAUCUGAGAGUGGGCGGAAUUGCCUGCAGAACAACGAUAUCUCUAGAUAAAGGGAGCACUGGAACUAAGACAUCACAUCUUCAUCUCCACAGUCCAUCCAACUUUUGCCCAGCAUCAUGGGCAUUACAGCAAAGGGAACCUCAGUGCCAAAUGCCGCUGCCAAUAGCCACACAAGCACACCCCCGAUCGAACCUCGAGUAUUCUCGACAAGCAAACCCCCAUCAUUGGACGAUUUCAAAAUCUUGACCACCGAGUCUGUCCCAAUCCACUACCCACUUGCGAAGGACAUUGUCAACAACAUCCCCAUUUACGACCUCUCGGCCUUCUCGUCGUACACCGCAGAUCAGCUCUCGGCGCUGCAAGACGAAUGGUACCACAUUCUCCUGCAAGGGCCAGGUGUCUUCGCUACCAAACACAUUUACACUAACCUCAGUCUAAUUGACCAUGUUAAUGAUGUCUACUCCUCAAUCAUUAAGCAAGAGGCGCAACAGUCUGGCAAAAAGGGCGACCACUUCGCAACUUCCGGCUCAAACUCCCGCAUCUGGAACUCAUUUUCCAAGCAUUGUCUUGCAGACCCCACCACCUUCAUCGAAUACUACUCCAACCCGUGGCUCCCACUCAUAUUCUCUGCCUGGCUAGGACCGCACCACCGCCUCACUGCGCAAGUCAACAUCGUGCGUCCUGGCAGCGCAGCGCAGAUCAGCCACCGAGACUACCACAUCGGCUUCCAGAGCGCAGAGUCAUGCGAGAAGUUCCCCAAAGCUCUGCAGGUUGCAAGUCAAUUCCUCACGCUCCAAGGCGCAGUGGCGCACAGUGACAUGCCGCUUGAGUCCGGGCCAACGAGGCUGCUGCCGUUCAGCCAGAAGUUUGAGGAGGGGUAUAUAGCGUAUCGGCUUAAGGAGUUCCAGGAUUACUUCCUUGACAAACAUGUCAGUGUGCCGCUGAAGAAGGGUGACGGGCUGUUUUUCAAUCCUGCGCUCUUUCACGCCGCCGGCUCCAACACGUCGGCUGAUGUUCAACGCUCUGCAAACCUAUUGCAGAUCUCGAGUGCAUUCGGCAAGCCGAUGGAGAUGGUUGAUAGUCUGCCGUUGGUGGAGAGGACGUGGGAAGCGUUGGCGGACAAGUACGAAAAGGAAAGUUUGAACGAUGAGGUUAGGGCUUUCGUGAGCAAUGUCGCAGAAGGCUAUCCGUUUCCAACAAACCUGGAUAGGAGAGUGCCGGAGACGGCAGGCAUGGCGCCGGACAGUGAGCAGGACUUGCUGUUAAGGGGGUUGAAGGGAAGAUGGGACAAGGACAGAGUGCUGGUCGAGCUGAAGCAGAUGAGAGACAACUCAAGGGCGUGA